GAGCCGCUGCUGGCGGGAAGGGAGGCGCGCGGAGCCCUAGGGGCUCAGUCCUGGGCCCGCCCUGCUGCGUCGUCGGGGCGGGGACUGGGGCAGCCGGAGGCGGGCGCAAGGCAGGCCCGCGUGGGACAAGCUGGAAGCCAGGGCUCGGGAGCUCCCCGGGCGACCCUGGCCUGGCUCUGUAGCCACCUGGGGCUGGGGCCUCCUUCCCGUCUGGGCUUCCUGAGAUUCCGCCCAGGCUCCGGUGGCGCCCCUGCUGCUCCCUGGGGUUGCCACGAGGGGCAGGCGGCGCACUGACCGGCCUGUGAGCGGGAGCGUUGGGUCCUGCCGACCCUGAGUGGCCCACAGUGACCCCGGGCGGGCCAUGGGGACCGCACUUGUGUACCACGAGGACAUGACGGCCGCCCAGCUGCUCUGGGACGACCCUGAGUGUGAGAUCGAGUGUCCUGAGCGCCUGACCACUGCCCUGGAGCGCCUGCAGCAGCAUGGUCUGGAGCAAAGGUGUCUGCGGCUGGUAGCUCGAGAGGCCUCGGAGGCGGAGCUGGGCCUGGUGCACAGCCCCGAGUACGUGGCGCUGUUGCGGGGGACCCAGGCCUUGGGCACCAGGGAGCUCCAGGCCCUGUCCAAGCAGUAUGAUGCUGUCUAUCUCCAUCCGAGUACCUUCCACUGUGCCCGGCUGGCCGCGGGGGCCGCGCUGCAGCUGGUGGACGCGGUGCUGACGGGAGCUGUGCGCAAUGGGCUCGCUCUGGUGAGGCCUCCUGGGCACCACAGCCAGAGGACUACUGCCAACGGAUUCUGCGUGUUUAACAAUGUAGCCGUAGCAGCCAAACACGCCCAGCAGAAGCACGGGUUGCACAGGAUCCUUAUCGUUGACUGGGAUAUCCAUCAUGGUCAGGGCAUUCAAUAUAUCUUCGAGGAUGACCCCAGUGUCCUUUACUUCUCCUGGCACCGCUACGAGCAUGGGCACUUCUGGCCGUGUCUGCGGGAGUCAGAUGCUGAUGCUGUCGGGCGGGGACGUGGCCUCGGCUUCACUGUCAACCUGCCCUGGAACCAGGUUGGGAUGGGAAAUGCUGACUACGUGGCUGCCUUCCUGCACGUGCUGCUGCCCCUGGCCUUUGAGUUCGACCCUGAGCUGGUCCUAGUCUCUGCAGGAUUCGACUCAGCCAUCGGCGAUCCUGAGGGGCAGAUGCUGGCCACACCGGAGUGCUUCGCCCACCUCACACAGCUGCUGCAGGUGCUGGCUGGCGGCCGGGUCUGCGCCGUGCUGGAGGGCGGCUACCACCUGGAGUCCCUCUCCCAGUCUGUGUGCAUGAUGGUGCGAGCUCUGCUGGGCGACCCUGCCCUGCCCUUGUCAGGGCCCAUGGAGCCCCACGGCAGCGCCCUGGAGUCCCUCCAGUGUGUGCGGGCAGCCCAGGCCCCUCACUGGGUGAGCCUGCAGCAGCAAGGUGCCGCCCCUGUACUGAGCUCCGGCACCUGCUGCCCAGAGGGGAGGCCCUCACCACUGCCACCAGGGGAGCCCGAAUUCAAGGCAGUGGUGACCCAGGCCGCUGCUGCUCUGAGCUCGCUCCUGGACCAGUUGCGCCUCCAUCCCACACCCCCUGUCCGUGUGGCUGUUGCCCUGACUGUGCCAGUCACAGGCCUGGCCCUGCCCCUGGGUGUCCUCUGUGAGGAGGGGUCACUGCCGCAGGAGGAGAUGCAGGCCUGGGCCAGGCCACAUGAGGCCCUGGCCCAGGACGAGGCCCUCAUUGCGCUCGGGAAGGUCCUAUACCUCUUGGACAGGAUCCUGGAUGGGCAGGUGAGCAGUGGCACGGCAGCCACCCCAGUCCCUGCUGCAGCUGCCACCCUGGACGUGGCUGUUCGCUAUGGCCUGUCCCACGGAGCCCAGAGGCUGCUCUGUGUGGCUGUGGGAAAGCUGCAUCGGCCCCCAGAUCUCACCGAUGACGGGAGGAAUCUAUGGCUGAACAUUGGGGGCGAGGAGGCAACUGCCCCGUCCAUGUUCCACAUCUCUGUGCCACUGCCGGUGACAACUGGUGGGUUCCUGAGCUGUGUCCUGGCCCUGGUGCUGCCCCUGGCCUACAGCUUCCAGCCUGACCUGGUGCUGGUGGCGCUGGGGCCGGGCCAUGGCCUGCGGGACCCCCAGGCUGCACUCUUGGCUGCAGUGCUUCGGGGCCCGGCAGGCGGCCGAGUCUUCGCCCUUGUGGAUGAGGAAUCCACACCCCAGCUUGCGACAGUCCUGGCCAGGGUGCUGAACGGGGAGGCACCACCCAGCCUGGGCCCCUUCUCCAUGGCCGCCCCAGAGGACACGCAGGCCCUGAUGUACCUGAGAGGGCGGCUGGAGCCAAGGUGGAAGAUGCUGCAGGUGGCUGCGCCUCCUUGAGUGCUGUGACCUGGCAGCUUGAAGUCGGCCACCGUGGGAGUAUCUGCACCGUGGAAGAGACACUACGCACCAGUCCCGCGGGAGCCUGUUGUUAGCCGUGCGCGAGCACGUCUCUGCGCGAGGCCUUUGACCUGAGGGCCAGGCUGUGGGCCUGCCCAGGACACGGGCUCAGGGGCUCGGGUCCCCUGCUCCGGCGCCAGCCUCUAUACGGACGAGCCCUCCCCGGCUCCCUCCUCCCAGCCAUCAGUAAAAGUAGGUUA